AUGGAAGAGUACCUCACCAGCCUCGGCUUCCUGGUAGCCAGUCUCCUCCUGCUUUUCUUCCUGCUCCCUGUCCUCUGUAAAAACAACAGUACAGCAGCAAUAUUCUGGCACACAGUCCUGGAGGAGAAGCUGGCAAUGCUGAUGACCGGCACCAGCAGAGAGAGCAGGAUUCUACAGUAUGUGUUGCAGAAUGCUGUGCAAGGUGAUGCAGCGAGUGUAGUGGAGAAUAUCGACAAAUACUGCCGGGACAAGGAGUGGGCGAUGAAUGUGGGCGAUGAGAAAGGUGCAAUUUUGGACAGGGUGUUGGAGGAGGCAAAUCCUUUGACCGUGCUGGAGCUGGGCACAUACUGCGGUUACUCAGCUCUCCGCAUGGUCCGCGUGCUUCAACCUGCCGCUCGCCUGAUGACGGUCGAGUUGAAUCCCACCCACGCAGACGUUGCCAGGCAGAUCUUCCACUUUGCCGGAGUUGGGGGAAAGGUGGAAAUUCUGGAAGGUGCCUCUGAAGAUAUUAUUCCUCUAUUGAAGAAGCAGCACAAAGUGGACUCGGUGGAUUUUGUAUUCCUCGAUCACUGGAAGGACCGUUAUCGACCUGAUACCCAACUCCUGGAGGAAUGCGGGCUGUUGAGAACGGGCUCUGUACUCCUUGCUGACAACGUCAUCUCACCAGGAGCUCCAGAAUUCCUGCAGUACGUGCGGAACAAUCCUCGGUAUGUGUGCACACAUUACGCGUCUCACCUGGAGUACACCAAGAUAAAAGAUGGAAUGGAAAAGGCCAUCUAUAAAGGGCCAGUGUGUGUAAAAAUCUCAGAAAGAUAAAAUCAGAAGGCAGAAGAAGAGAUCCUAAAAAUGCUCA